CUCCCGGAAAGAUGUUGUUGUGUGGGGUGCGAGAGCGAAGGGAGAACAUCUCGGGUUCUCAGCAAUUGCCUUCGUUCUCAGCAACUACAAGAUCUCCCCACCACCAAACAGCCACAACCCAACUACCAGCCGAGGAUGCUAUUUCAUUAAUCGUCUCUGGUAAAAAAAAAAAACAACAACUAAAAAAUACUCAUCACGCAUCAAAAUGAAUGGCAGUACCGACUCCCACUCUUCCAGCUCACACGGCACCUGCAACGUCUGUCGGAAAGUCAGCACAAAAAAGGAAGAGCCGUUGAGAGCCCGGUGUUCCUCCACGGGGCCCAGCGCCUUCAUUCCUGAAGAUGAGAUCCUGGAGGCCCUGCCCAUGGAUCCCUGCACCGAGCUGCUGUUGGUGGAGGCGUACUCCCCGUGCACAGGGCUGGACCACCUGACCCAGGUGAUGGGCCUGCACCCCCAAUACCUGCAGUCCUUCCUGCAGAACCACUUCUACCUUCUGUGGAUGGACGGGCCUCUGCCCCUGCACUACCGCCAGUACAUUGCCAUUAUGGCAGUGGCCCGGCACCAGUGCUCCUUCCUGGUGGAGGUGCACGUGCAGGAGUUCUGCCGCGUCGGAGGGCCAGUGGAGUGGCUGCGGGGCCUGCGGUACGCCCCCCAGAGGAUGAGGAACCUCAACGACAUCAACAAGAUCCUCGCGCACAGACCCUGGCUCAUCACCAAGGACCACAUCCAGAGUCUGGUGAGGACCGGGGAGAGCAGCUGGUCCCUGACUGAGCUGGUCCACGCCGUGGUCCUCCUGGCCCACUUCCAUGCCCUGGCCAGCUUCGUGUUGGGCAGUGGCAUCAACCCGGAGGAAGAGGAAGAGGAGGAGGAGGAGAGAGACGACCAGCGCUUCGGCAGCUGCUGCUGCGACCUGGCGGACAGCUGCAGCCCGAAGCCAGAGGAGGUCUUCUGUGGCAGCCCCGAGAUGACAGACUCAGUCAGUGAGCUGGAGGCCUUAAUGGACAGAAUGAAGAGGCUUCAAGAAGAGCAGGAGGAAGAGGAGGCCUCCCAGGAGGAGAUGGCCACUCGCUUUGAGAGGGAGAAGAAAGAGAGCCUCCUUGUGGGCUCAGGAGAUUUCAAGGAAGAGGUGGUGACAAAAUCAAAAGGCUCCCAGUUUGUGGUGGAUUCAACCUUCCGUUAUCAGGACUUUGCCAGGCAUGGAGAGGAUGACCUGCCCACUUUCCGAGCUCAGGAUUACUCCUGGGAAGACCACGGCUUCUCUCUGGUAAACCGGCUGUACUCCGACAUUGGCGUCCUGCUGGACGAUAAGUUCAGGACGGUGUGCAACCUAACAUACUAUAAUAUGGCGACCCACGAGGACGUAGACACCACCACGCUCCGCCGUGCCAUCUUCAACUACGUCCACUGUAUGUACGGCAUCAGGUAUGACGACUAUAACUAUGGGGAGGUGAACCAGCUGCUGGAACGCAGUCUGAAGGUCUACAUCAAGACUGUGACCUGCUACCCAGAGAGGACCACCUGUCACAUGUACCACAGCUACUGGCGCCAGUUUCGUCACUCUGAGAAGGUCCAUGUGAACCUGCUGCUGAUGGAGGCGCGGAUGCAAGCGGAGCUUCUGUACGCCCUGCGAGCCAUCACCCAUUACAUGACCUGACUGGACACAUCUCACCUGCUGGCCCACACUAAGCCUCCCUGCCGUGGGCCCAUUUGGAUGAAACGAAGGGUUUAAGGGGAAUAUGGUUCUCAUUGCCAGAUCUCUCUAUUGAAUGACAGUUCACGGUCAGUCGAGUCGACAUCACUCAGCACUGCUCAAAAAGAAAGUUGAAAUAAAAACAGAAACAAAUGUGUCUGGGGUAAUGAUAAAAACUAGCUUCCUUCUACUCUUAUUUCUGUAUACUGUAUUCAGAGUUUUUACCUGUUGUCAAAACUGGUCAUGUACAAGAGCGGUGCAAUGUGCUGUCAGCUUGUCAUGCUGAAAUUGUUAGCGCGGAACAUGCUUUUAACGGACAUGAUUAGUACCUGUUCCACGGUUUCCACCAUGAAGUCAAGUGGCUUCUGCAGGAUGAUAUAAAACCGUGGUCAGGAGGGUAUUUCACAAAGCAGGAUUACCGAGUUAGCUGGAUACUUGUCCUGCACUGGGUAAAACCCCAAACAGCAGUUUUUACUUCAGUCCAUCUUCCAGGUUUGAGAGGGCUCCCGGUUUUAUAUCCAGCCAACCCGGCCUGCUUUGUGAAAUACCGCCCAGGAUUCAAUGAGCGCAGUAAAUGCAUAUGCCACUAAUCUUUUUACUUUUUAACAAACAUGAGGUAUAUUGGUAAUAUACCAUAUGUUUCCAACUCAAUAUGUGGCAAGCCAGGAAGUAGCUGGUGUACAGCAUGUCUUGGAAUAAAAAUAAAUAUUGUUUAAGAAAGUAGGGGGGAAAGACCCACAAUUAGAAACUGUCACUGCUGUUUCACCAAAGCAAAGGUAUCAAACGUAUCACCAUGGUGCCUUUUAAAUAAGCUUUUUGAUUAUCUGACCCGCAUUCUUGUAAAAGCAAGAGCAGGACGAGGCUAAAUAAAGCUCGAUUGGAUUGAGUAAGACAGAACCAAGUAUAUCAUAGUGAACAGUGUAGAACUGAACAGAGUUCAGAAAGACUGGACAGAGAGAGAAACUGAAACUGAAGCAAAAAAUACCCAAUUUUAAAACAAUAACCAAUAAUAGUCAACAAAGUAGAACUGGAUAGAAUUUAAUUGAACCAAGAAAUACUGAACAGGGUAGGUUUCAAUGGAGCAGGCCUGAACUGA